AGGAGGAGGACCUGGCUACAGAGGAGGGAAAGGAGGACCUGAAUUAGCAGGAGGAGAAGGAAGAGGACCUGGCAAUGGAGGAGGACGAGGAUGUGGCCAUUCAGAAGAAAGAAGAGAAGGAAGAAGAGGUACUGGCUAUGGAGGGAAAGGAAGUGGAGGAGGAUUAGGACUUGGCCCCGGAGAAUGAGCAGGAGGAAGAGGACCUGGUCACAGAGGAGAAGGAGGAGGAUGUGGCCAUGCAGGGGGAAGAAGAGGCGGAAGAGGAGGUAGAGGACCUGGCUAUAGACUAGGAGGACCCAGGAACAGAGGAGGACGAGGAUGUGCCAAUGCAGGGGGAUGAAGAAGAGAAGGAGAUGGACCUAGCCCUGGAGGAGGAGGAGCAAGAGGACCUGGCCAGAGAGGAGGACGAGAAGGAGGAAAAGGAGGAGGAGAACCUGUCCAGGGAGGACCUGACCAUAGAGGAGGAAGUGGAGGAGGGGGAGGACCGGGCCAUGGGAAUGGAGCAUGUCGUCAUGGAGAAGAAAGCGGAAGAGGAUGACUUGGAUGAGGAAGAGGAUGAGGAGGGCAAAGCCAAGUCCUCCUCCACCUCCAUGGCCAGGUCCCCCUUGCCCAGAUGCAUAAAUAGGGAAGUAAUGAGUAGGAGCAAGGAGGGGAUCUUACCUCUCUCUAUAGCAUUGGUGAGAGAGAUAAUGGAAUGGUGACGUCCAGUUCUGGUGUCUGUGUUUUUAAAGGAUGGUGUUAAAUUGGAGAGGGUGCAGAAAAGAGUCACACAAAUGAUCUGAGAGCUGGAGAAAAUGACCUACAGUGAGAGACUCAAAUUGUAGGAACUAACUGAGAGCUGCCCCAGGACUCUGGGCCCAGCUCUGUCCUCUCCAGCUCCAUGGACCGCACGUGAAACCUCCCGUACCAGAAGCUCCUGCCUGGCUCCCCCAGCUCCGGUGCUGCUCAGUCCAGAGACGCUGCCUCUUCCAUGGCCAGGUUCUCCUCCACCUACUGAACAGCCUGCGGUGAUGGGUAAGGGAACCCAUGGCCACACGGAGACACCAUGGGCACGGAUGGGGAUUGAAUCUGGGCCCUUCACCAUCACGGGCACAAGCCUGCCAGGCUCCCAUUCAGGUAGCCAUGGAAGGCUCUGCCUGCAGACACCCCCUCUCCAUUCCCACUGCCAGACUCUUGCCUGCGGUGACAACGAAGGAGCAGGAGAACUCCUGGGGGAGAACCCCCGGGCUGCACAGUCGGGUGUCAAUAUUGAAAGGUGCCUUUUGGCCUCUAAGUGCCUCUUUUACUCGGCUGUUUAGCCAUGGGGGCAUUUUUUUUAUCCUUGCACGGGUUUGUUUUUUGUUUGCGGUGUACAUUUAGUGUGAGCCUCUAGUACAGUGUUUUUAAACAGUCUCCGUGCGCUUGGCUGGCAUUUCA